UUCUCACAACACCAGGCUGAAGCUGCGGCUGGAGGCUAACGUUACAUCUGUUGUCGGGACGUUUUUCACAGCACACAGGGACAAAAACAUGUCAGACACGGAGACAAAACCAUCCAACCAGGACGGCGGGGACAAGAAGGACGGAGAGUACAUCAAAUUAAAAGUGAUUGGUCAGGACAGCAGUGAAAUCCACUUCAAGGUGAAAAUGACAACACAUCUAAAAAAGCUGAAGGAGUCUUACAGCCAGAGACAGGGCGUCCCAGCGAGCACGCUAAGGUUUCUGUUUGAAGGACAGAGAAUCGCAGAUAACCAAACUCCGAAAGAGCUGGGGAUGGAGGACGAGGAUGUCAUCGAGGUUUAUCAAGAACAGACCGGCGGACUUUGGAAUGAUUAAAUCUCCUUCAUUUCUAAAUCUUUUUUUCCUCUUAUUUUGUAUUUUAUUUUGUAUGUAUGUACGUAUUUUUGUUCAGUUUCAAACCAUCUGGAUCAAAACCGACUCUAUCAGGGCUUCCAUGUGUGAGGGCAGGAAGGUGAAUGGACUGAGGUAAGGACAAGGACAAGGACAGUGGGUUUCUGGUACUCUGAAGUGCAGGGAUGCUCAUGUUGUGUGACCCGAGCAAUAGCCUUCAAUAGCAUACCAUCUUGUUUUUGUUUGUUUUUCAUCCUGUCUUUUUGGGGCAUCAGCAGGAGCACACAAUGCUCUCAAGGAACAAGCUGCAUCAAAGGAAUAGUUCACCCAGAAGGGAAAAUGUUAUUAUCCUCACAGACAUAUUACAGUUAACAUCAUACAGCUUUGCUUCAGCUUUCUCUAAAGGAAAAUAAACUGAACGUUUUUUUACAAUUUUAAAACCAGAGAAAAGUAAAAUGUUUUCUAACAACUCGCUGUGACAGUCCAAGUUCAAUAUUUACUCGUUCAUCAACUCAGUUUUUUGCUGUGCAUCGUUCUAAUCGUCACUUCAGCUGAAAACAAACUCGUGAGAUGUUUUGACAAAUAAUAUGAUUUGAGGAUCAAGUUUAAAGAAUUAAAUUGAAAUGUUACAUGAUACUGAGGAUGUGGAGAUGUGAUGCCAUCGGUUUGAGUUUCACGUUCCUAAUGUAAAGAAGUUUUUGGAUGCACUAUUCCUUUAAGUCUGUUCAGCCAUGAAAACAUCAUCUUGUGUUUCCUUUGUACUAAACGUCUGCCUGCGCUCCUGUUGUUUUCCUAAGGAGCUCAACAAACCAAGUUAGACGUCAAAGACGCAGUUAUCUGUACACGGGGCAGUUCAUUCCACGUCUUCUGUAUUUACAUUCAGGGCAUUUAGCAAACAUGAAAACAGCUGGAUUACUGCACAGUCUGUGUGUAACUCAUCCUCAGAGCCACUCACUGGAGUUUGUCAUUUCCAGCCUCUGUGUGCCAUGUUUGAAGAACUGCACCAAGAUGAAAGUGUAAAGUUUUAACAAGAACUGAGCUGAUAUGAUAAUGUUUGAGAUUUGAAACGUUUUUUUAAAUGAACUGUUCUUUACUUGUAUAUGUUGUAUUCAGUAUUAGAGUGUUUGAAUGAUA